UGAUUGAUUGAUUGAUUGAUGUGCGGCCCCAAAGGGUAUGGUUUCUUAGCCGUUUUGGGGAGAGAAAUAGGGUAUUGAUUUUGCCUAUUUUAAUCUCUAUAAGGUAUGGGAGGGUCUGGAUGGGUGGGGGAGAGUGUUAGUUGUCAGUUAAAAUUUUGUCUAUUAGUCAUUUGUCAGUUAAAUUUUUGGCCAUUUUUCGGUUGUCAAUUAAGUGGCUGAUUGUGAUUAGGCCGAAACUUCAUCAAACCAAGUAUGUCGUCGUUCGCCCUGACCUCCGGAACACAUUAUGUUAAUAGUUUAAAUGUUGUCAUAGCGAAAUCUGGAGAAAGAAAGAAGAAUUUUGAGAUACUUCAAAAUCACAUACCGUGGUUCCUUCAGCGGUUGAGUCUUUUAACUCGGCCCUGCGUAAAUGUUUUGAGCGUUGGAAGUGAAAUGGGUAAAAGAGACGUCGAUAUCUUGCAAAAUACUAAGGAAGAAUUACAAAAAGUGAUCAAGGUCGUCACAUGAACAUUUUGAACCGAGCUAUUGAGCCUAAUGAAUAUUCGUGUAAUCUUUACAAAGCUGCCAUAGAAAGCCUUCCAAACACUCUGAACGAUGAUCUGACAGAGUUCGAAAUUUGUCAGCAGACUUUUCAAGAGUACAAAGAAAGACAGCAGCGUAAGGAGGUCUCAGUGAAGUUUGACAUGGUGCAUUUCAUUCAUAGCAUCUAUUAUGUUGAUAUCGAGCAGACCUUGAUUUAUUGUUUUGAGAAAGAACUCAGAGAGAAGGGAGUUUUUGUUUGCAUUGUUGAGGAACUCGACUUCACGACUAUGAUUAUGCAAAUACAGUGGUAUAGGAAAGACUCAGAGAGCAAGAAGAAUGCAACAACUGAGAAGAUGAUCAAAAUUGCUCAGGACAAUGGCUGGAAGCAUGAAAUAUACACCCAGAAAUAUCUCAUAGAUGUUACUGAUGUGUUUGAUGAGAAAUCAACUGAAGGAAAUCUGCUCCUUGACUUCUUCACACAUACUGUGAAUUUUCGUGAGACAGCGGACCAGCAAAAGGUGGAAGAAACACUGGCACUGAUUAAAGACAACACUAUUGUCAAGGACGGAAAGCUUGUUGGAGAGAAAGACGAGUCGCUUAUUCUUAUUUACAAGUAGAGUGCUCUGCUUUUUGUUAAAUAAUAAUACUCCACAUGCCCCGCUGCAUUAGAACAAAUACAAAGCCAAAGGUGGCUAAAACCCAAUCAGUGGAAACCUCCCAACCCCCACCCCGCUCCCCCACUGACCUGGCACAGGGGUAAAUAUAGCAAGGGCAUGGAUGCACUUUUUAACAGAAAAAAUGUCCCAGGAGUUGGGAAAUGGACCUGUUUGACAAUGUCAUGCUUUUCUGAUUUUUUCAUUCAAACAAAACAUAAGCUUCACUGCCUGAUUAGUCAUGCUACAGUCAGUAAAUAUUUGAAGCUUGGUAAGAAUCCAAUGCAAACUCAUGAAAAUAUUACCCCGAAUUUGCCAGUUUUUACAUGGAAAUGUAUGCCAGGGGUGCAAUUUGUUUGUAAACAUUGACAAGUUUUGGAUCCUAUAGUUUCAGGAGUUUGCAACAGAUUCUUAUGAAAUUUCACAUAUUUACUAAAUUCAGCAUGAUAAAUUGAUCUAUGAAGGUUGCUAUUUGUUUGUAUGAAAAAUACGAAAAAUUGUUGACGUUGUGUGAUAUUGUCAAAAUGGUCCAUUGGACUCACCUGGGGAUAGGUCAGUGAUUUGACUGUCAUCACUGACAUGGUUUGUUCAAACUACUUGCAGUGUUACUUGUUGUUACUUGAAUGCAGAAAUGUGUCAUUUGACUAUGUGAUGGUCAAAUCUGAGUUCGGGUAGGAUGUUAAAUGCUCCAAGUGAAAGGUGGUUUUGCCAAGAAUGCAUUGAAUCCUAUUCAUACGGCUUUAGGAAUAAGUAUCUCUGAAAGUCACUGAGAUGUUUGUUUAAGACUGUUUUGUUCUGGGAUUAAAAACAAUUCAAUGCUUGUGAUUAACUUUGGGGUCUAGAGUCACUGGAGCAGCAGGCUGAAAACUUAUGGAUCAAAGUCACCGAUCAGGCCUUAUUUGUUCAAAAGGUGGAUAACACUAUCCACUGGAUAAAUCGUUAUCCACCUGAUAGCAAUUUAUCCAGUGGACAGCGUUAUCCACCCUUUCAAACAACCUGGACCAGUAUUUCAUAGUACCUGAUAGUCCAAAGAGACAGAGGCAUCAAGUAAACACAACUUAGUAGUAAUUUCAUUUAGCUGUGUUUGUAUUUUAAGCUGAAUACGUAGAUGUAUUGUAAUGUUAGUUGUGUAAGUAUUAGUAGCGUAAGUUAUGUAACUGGCUGUAUUGUAUGCAAAUAAAAGUUUAUUAAAAAAAAA